UAGCAAAACGUAGCUGCUCCGUUGGUUCAGACUACAGUUGACGUCGCGAUUUCAACCCGAUUGGAUUGGCUUCCCUUCAAUCCGGACAAAAACUCGGAAGAAACGUAAACGCCGCUUUUCGAACAGAGCAUCUUGGUUGCUUUUGGGGCCUCGUGAAGCUCGUGUCGCCGGAUGAGAGGAUUUGGAAAUACAGCAACAAUAGCAGGAUAAUCUCCAUAUCAUUGGUUGACUAUGGUAGCUCGUCAUCGCUGUCGCUGGCUCACUGGUGAGCAAGGGAGGAAGCGUGGUGGUGAAUAAUUCGAUAGGUGCAAUUUUCACGGUGAUUGCUCGAGUGGUCGAUUGAGAAGGACUGGCUGGGAAAACCGGUUUUCCACCAAUUCAGUGUCGAUUGUCGAAAGAAACCGACAAACAGUAUCGUUGGGUUCGUUUUGUGUGGCGGAGUGGGUUGAGUGUCUGAUUAGAAAUAAAAGUGGAAGAAUAUCAUCACUGGCAGUUAUCUGUAACUGAUUCGUUGCAGGCGUCGGUACCGCACCUGGCUCCGCGAAGCAAUAUCAGCUCCGCUGUUGAUGAAAGUUUUGCUUUAAGUUCUUCAGCUCCAAGUUUCUGUUGUUGUUUGCCCGGUUGUUGUUGUCAGUGCUGGUGUUUCUCCCAUCCCCGGAAACCGGUACCAUUACAUAAAGAGCAAAGUUCUUCGCCGUACACCCAAGGCUUGCAACCGCGAACACGAUGCGAUGCUAAAUCCUAAGCCAGUCUUCGAGGCGUUCCACUAGGACAUUUGUGCCUCCUUCGGGAAAGUGAUCUGGCGUCGUCAUGAAUAUUUUAUACGCGCUACGACGAGUGUGCUUCGCUUUUGCGAUUUCCUGUCAGUCUGUGCAAAAAUAAUAUCCCACUCAAUACAAGAGCAGAAGCAAAAAGCCCCACAGUAAGAAAAAUAGUAGCAAAGCAGCAUAUCAUAAUAGUCGUUAAGAAUAAAGAAAAUAUAAUUGAAACGUGUUUCCGAGCGAAAAGGGAAAAAGUGUUGCCUCGGCGAGAGUUGCACAAAAAGUGGAGGAAAUUAAAAGAAGCUACUAUUCUCGUAACGAAAAGCCAAGAAGCGUGGUUGGUUGUGCGAAGGAAAAAGUGAAUGAUUUAUUCAGUGGAUCGUCUCUCGGGUUCGUUGGAGGAAACGUGUAAGAGAAGAGCAGUCAGCAGCAAGGUGAAGAUUGUGCGAAAACUGUAAAUCAAGCGGAACGACGACGGCGACGAAUAUGAAUGCGAAAGUUGAAGUCGACGGCCAGGUCGUCUUCAUCAGCAUCAUCAGAGAAGUUGUGGGCUGUAGUGACGGGUGGUGUAAAGUGUAGGAGUCUGCUGGUAAAGCUGAGUUGUAGUGGUUUUGUUUUUAUCAAGAAAGGAUUCCAAGAAAGAAGAAAAGAACAUUUAAGGAGAGUAGUGUCUUUGGCGUUUGGAGCUUUGCCGGUGCGGAACCCAAUUAGAGCAGCUAAAGAAAGAUUCAUCUUUCGUAAUUCAAUAUCUCUAAACUGAACGGAAGUGAACUAGAAUUGUGUGUGUGUGGCAAGGACGACCAGGCGACGAAGCAGCCGCCAUUCAGCAAUGAUAGCCUCCACCCAGAAGCAGCAACAGCGAUGGACAGUUUUAAUACCGCUCCUAACGAUAGGGUUCCUGAUUCGGACAUGUCACUGCAACCUGCCGCCGAUUUUCACGCAGGACAUGAACAACUUGGCCCUGCCGGAGACAACUCCGGUGGGAAGCGUCGUUUACCGGCUGGAGGGUUACGAUCCGGAGGGCGGUAACGUCUCGUUUGGGCUGCUCGGCUCGGACAACUUUAUGGUGGACCCAAUCAGUGGGGACGUCAAGGUGAUAAAACCGCUGGACCGUGAGGACCAGGACACCCUCUCCUUCUCGGUGACCAUCAAGGAUCGCAUCAGCACCGCAGGAAUCGAUUCCGAGAACGACAACGUGGUCAACGUUCCCAUCACGAUAAUCGUCCUGGACGAAAACGACAACCCACCGGAAUUUCGCAAUGUUCCCUACGAAACAGAGGUCCUGGAGGACGCCAAGCCAGGCACCACCGUGUUCAGCGAUAUCCUGGUUACCGAUCGGGACACCGUCGGAGAUAACCUGAUCGUGAACUGUAUUCCACAACCGCAGAACCCGGAUGCUUGCGAAAAGUUCGCCAUCGAAACCCUCGAAAGCGGUCAGGAUCGACUAACGGCUUCGGUGGUGCUGAAGGGUCGCCUAGACUACAACGAACGGAUGAUCUACCAGAUUCUGCUGGAGGCUACCGAUGGGAUGUUCAACGCCACGGCUGGACUGGAGAUCCACGUGAAGGAUGUUCAGAACAGUGCGCCGGUGUUCCAAGGAUCGUUGGCGGCGGUAAUCAACGAGGACAGCAAGAUCGGGACGCUGGUGAUGAUGAUCCACGCAAGGGAUGGCGAUCGGGGUCAACCGAGGAAGAUUGUCUACGAAUUAGUUACGAACCCAAUGGAUUACUUCUUGCUGGAUCGUCAAACGGGUGAGCUACGCACGGCCAAACCACUCGACAAGGAAGCCCUUCCCGACGACACCGGGUUGAUAAUCCUGACGGUUAAAGCUCGCGAGCUGAUCGACGGAGUUCCCGGUAAUGACAAUCUGACCACGGCAACAACACAAGCGUCGAUCACGAUUCGCGAUGUGAACGAUUCUCCACCGAUGUUCAACAAAAAGGAAUACUUCGUAUCGCUGUCGGAGAAUACGGCUCCGGGAACGCCACUUCCGAUCGAAAUGAGCGUUCAUGAUCCGGAUGUUGGAGAGAACGCUGUGUUUUCUCUACGCUUGAAUGAUGUUUCGGAAGUGUUCGAUGUGGAGCCAAAAUUGGUGACGGGAUCGUCACAGAUUAGUAUUCGUGUAGCGAAUGGUUCGCUGGAUUACGAAAACCCUAACCAACGGAAGUUCAUCGUAUUGGUGAUCGCUGAAGAAACCCAGACGAACCCUAAGCUGUCAUCGACAGCUACUUUAACGGUGUCUAUCACCGACUCGAAUGACAACCGUCCGAUCUUCGAGCAGGACUCGUACUCUACAACUGUAUCGGAAACUGCUCAUCCCGGUCAUUUGAUAACGACCAUCACCGCCAGAGAUCUCGACUCAGGUCAUUUCGGCGACCAAGGAAUUCGGUAUUCCUUGUCUGGAACGGGAGCCGAACUCUUCAACGUCGACCCGAUAACCGGCGCUAUAACGGUCGCUGAUUGCCCAUCCGUAGACAACGACAACAACAAAAGACGUCGUCGGCGACGUCAGAUUCCUUCAUCCGAUGAGCUGACUCAAGACUACCCGGAUAUGAAACGUUUCAACGUGUCAACCGACGGACGUUCGGGCGUCCUAGACCGUGGCGUAGACUAUAUGGCCUACAAGAUCUACAACAGUGGCGAAUCGAACGAGUACCGAGACGUGAAUGUCGUCGCACCUCCAACGGUUUCCAGCAGCUGGGAAACGUCCAGUUUGGAGGAAAGCGACUCCACCCCGGCCAUCGAGUCGGAAGAAUACUUCACGCCAUCUAGCACCACCACUCCCAUCCACUCGAACGAAAUCCAGCACCGUUCGGAUGUGGGCCCAGGGCGAGCUCCUUGCUUGGACUACGAAAAUCAAUCGGUGUACUAUCUGUCCUACAAGGCCACGGAUGACGAGGGCCGGGGUCAAACGUCGGUAGUAUCGCUCCGGAUCACCCUUCUGGAUGCGAACGAUUCGCCGCCGGUGUGCGAGAGCCCUCUCUAUAGGGCAUCGGUCGACGAGGGAGCCACCCUAUUUGAGCCGCCGCUCGUCAUCAAAGCCCGCGAUCCGGACGUUAUUUCGGAAAUUAAUUAUCGCAUAAUUGGUAACGAAGCAAUUACGCGCCAUUUCGAAAUCGACAAACGGUCCGGACAGUUGACCAUCUCCAAGAGUACCGCCCUGGACGUGAACCAUCUGAAGUCGGAAAACGUGUUCUUCGCCGUGGAGGCAAGCGAUGGCCUCUUCACCACCCUGUGCAACGUGAACAUCACCAUCCGGGACGUGAACAACCAUGCACCGCAGUUCUCCCGGGAGCACUAUCUUGCCUCGAUCGAGGAGAACUUCCCGAUUGGCACCCGAGUCGAACGUUUACAGGCAAUCGAUUUGGAUACCGGCAUCAACGCCGAGAUCAGGUACCGCAUCCAGCAGGGAAGCUUCGAUGACUUUGCCAUCGACAACCAAACCGGGGUGGUGACCAUCGCCCGGAAGUUGGACUACGACCGGAGGAACACCUACCAGAUGGAAAUAGUGGCAGCGGAUCUGGGCACCCCAAGUCUGUCGGGGACAACCACCCUGACGGUGAGCAUCAUCAAUAGCAACGACAAAGCCCCGUACUUUACGCCGACUACUCAGCGGGCGGAAAUAUCGGAGGAUGCGGAAGUGGGAACGUUGGUCCACACGCUGGUGGCACUCGAUCCGGAUGUGGCGUCCAGCGAAGCGUUGGAUUAUGCGGCAACGGAACCCAUCACGGCCGUUGACAAGGACGGAAAGGAGGUGCGGGACACGGAAGAUUUCAAGGACAUGUUCCGCAUCGAUCGGACCGGAAAGGUGUUCGUCAAUCGGAAGCUGCAGCGGGAUGAUUUUGCGGUGAUCCGAAUCACGGUUCUGGUAACGGACACAACCGCCCCAUCGAUUCAGCAGGGCGAAGGUCUCCUCAUAAUCACAAUCAUCGACGUAAAUGAAGAGCCACCGCUGUUCGUGCCCCCGUGGACUCCGGCGGAUCCCCGCUACCGGUUCCAGGUGCUGGAGGAACAACCGAUCGGUACCAUCCUGACGACGAUGCAAGCAACAGAUGCCGACUCGACCGUCGCCGAGUACCGGAUGACAGAUAACAGCCAUUUCGAGAUAAACAACACAACAGGUCUGAUCCGCACCAAAGCCCGUAUCGAUUACGAGCAAACGCCAACGAUCCAGUUCAACGUCACCGUGGUGGACACCGGAAUCCCGCAGUUGACGUCCACCGCCGAAGUAACGGUCGACAUCAUCAACACCAACGACAACGAUCCGGCCUUCGACGAGCCUGAGUACGAAAUGUCCGUCGUGGAAAACGCACCCACCGGAACGGUUGUGGGCAUAGUUUCAGCGCGGGAUGCCGACUCGGGACCGUAUGGCCAAAUCACCUACUCCCUGGUCGGUGACCACAGUGCUGCCAGCUUUGCCAUCGAUCCAGACACCGGAGUUAUCACGGUGCGCGACGGCACAACCUUGGACCGUGAACGGACAACGGAAAUCGGCCUCACUGCCAUUGCCACGGAUCGGGCCCCGGAUGGAACCAGCCGGUCGACCACCGCACCGGUUACCAUCAAACUGCUGGACGAGAACGACAAUGUGCCGACCUUCUCGCAGAAGAUUUAUCACGCCACGGUAGCGGAAAAUGCGGCACUCAAUCCACCGGCAGCAAUCUUGCAGGUUUUGGCCACCGAUCCGGACGAGGGCGCUGCUGGGGACGUGAAAUAUAGCAUCAUCGGUAGCGAUAUUGAAAACACCUUCCGGCUGGACGCAAACUCGGGCAUCCUGUAUCCGUACGCCAGUUUGCUGGGACUCGACGGCAACUAUCGCAUCCAAAUCGAGGCCCGCGAUGGCCUAGGAUCCGGACCUCACAGCGAUCGGGCUGAAAUUAAAAUUGAAAUACAAAGCAUCAACCAGCAUCGUCCGAUUUUCAUCAUGCCGGCACUGUCCAACGCAACGGUGGAAAUCCCCGAGAAUUUAGCGAUGACGGAUUAUCUCGUGAUGACGGUUAAAGCGAACGACAGCGACGAGGGAACGAACGGCAAAGUUUUGUACCAUCUGCAGGUCAACAACCAGAACGUCCAGGAAACGGACGAGUUCAUCAUCAACGAAAUGUCCGGCGAACUGCGCAUUCGCAAGCCCCUCAACCGCAAGAAGCAGGCCCGCUUCGAGUUGAUCCUGGUGGCCCGGGACCAGGGUACCCCUGCGUGGUUCGAAACGCUCCGUUUCCUCACCGUACUGCUGGUCGACGUCAACGAAAACCACCCGGAGUUUCCGGACGCCUCAAACCCCUACAGGUUCUUCAUCGCCGAGAACAGUCCUCGGGACAUCCGCAUCGGUAAAAUCCAGGCCUAUUACGACACACCCGACCCGAAAAUCUACUACUACAUGAUGCUCGGCAACGAGGAUGGAGCGUUCUACGUGGACAAAACCACCGGCGAUAUCUACACCAACAAAACGCUGGACCGCGAGGAAGCGGAUGUCUACGCUCUCUAUAUCAAAGCCAGCAAGAAACAAGACCUGCUGAUCACUGAGCGCGAUCGGAUGAUGAUGUCGACCAAAAAGCUGGAACGCGAUAGCACGGUUGCGAAGGUCUGGAUCACAGUCCUCGAUGUCAACGACAAUCCCCCGGUCUUUAAACAGGACGUUUACUACGCUGGCGUAAGCUCCAAGGCUGCCAUCAACGAAUUGGUGACAAUUGUCAAUGCGACCGAUCGAGAUCUGGGCGUGAACUCUACCAUGGAACUGUUCAUCAGCGGGUCUUAUCUUUACAAAUACGGAGCUACGAAGACAACUGGUAGCAUAGUUCCAAGUCCGUUCACUAUUUCCAAGGACGGUCGUAUAACUACCGCAAACUACAUGGCCGAAUAUAACCAGGACCGUUUCAUUCUGGACAUUGUAGCAAAAGAGGUGGAAUCUCCUGAGCGAGUUGCCACCACCAAAGUCUACGUCUGGAUCUUCAAUCCAGAACAACUAGUGCGUGUGAUCCUGUCGAGGCCACCCUCGGAAGUUCACAUGGAGCGAGAUGAGAUCAUAUCCGAACUUUCGAAUGCCACCCAGAAGCUGAUUAUUGUCGAUGAGAUUCGAUACCACGUGGACAGCUUGGGUCGCAUUCGGAUGGAUUGGUGCGACAUGUACUUCCAUGCGAUCGAUAUGAGUUCGCAGACGAUCGUGUCGGUAGAGGAGAUUCUGCGGGAGAUCGACGCCAAAUAUGAUUUCCUACAGGAUUACAAUGCCGGCUUUUCGAUCGAGAACGUAGUCCCGGCCUACGCAACCAACGUCCAGGACGAGUUCGAUUUGGCCCUGGCUGCGAUAAUCGCCCUGCUGAUAGUGCUGUUUGUCGGUGCCGUAAGCUUCAUCGUCCUGUGCUGCUGUCUCAAACAUUGGGUCAUUACGAUUCCGAACGAAACCAGAAGAAAGGACGCCUUGAUCAAAAAGCAGAUUAUCGAAGAUUUAAAUACGACCGAGAAUCCACUUUGGAUCGAGCAAAAACUGAAGCUCUACGAAGAGCAGGAACUGACGAUGCAAGUGUUUUCCGAGCCGGAACUGACGCAACAGCAGCAGCAGCACCACCACCAACAGCAGUUGAACAGCUCGAACAAUACUUCGUCGUCGUUGGCCAGCCACCAGAACCAGCACCACCAUGUGAUGCAACAGCAGGAACAAGCGUUGGUCCUGGGGCUGGAUCGGCGGGAUUCGUACCCGGAAUUGUCCCAAGGGGGCGGCGAUAACACGUACGCCACCAUCCAGCCACGCAAUUAUGCGUCCAAUCUGAGCUCGGUGCUGAUGGGCACUAGCGGGAUUGGUGGCGGCGGCGGUGGCGGAAGCGGAAACGGUGCGGCCCCGGCAGGCGGACUGAGCGGAGAAAUGUCGGAUUAUGCGACACUGCGGAACAGCAGGGCACCCUCGAUGUACGAGUUCCGAGGUUCAACCUUCCAGGUACAGCAGCUAAACGGUGGACCCGGCGGUGACCAGCCAGACUACGUGACGGAACUGAUUUAAGAGUAAACAACCUUCGAACAGCAUCGAACCGUUUUGACCCAACUCAGCCCCAAAAGUGCAACAGUGGAACAAACCGUUUUACGCUCUCGAGAUGGACAGAGAAAGAGAGAGCAACAUCACUUUUUGGGUUUUUAGCAUAGGAUAUCAUCAGGAGACUAGAAAGCGGUUUGGAAUUUACAAACCAACCGGAAUCGCCGGAUUGCCAAUUUGGAUUUGUAGAAAAUGAAUGCUCAAUGUGUAUGACACCCGAAUGAAAUACUCAAGUGAAGGAAAAGUUCGGAAAGCGAUUUUUUAAAUUACUGAUGAGAGGCACAGAUUACAAAACACUCUUUGAUAGACAAUAAAUAGGAGAUAUCUUAAAAGGAUAGUAUUUAUGACGGAGGAAGCAACAUUGAAGAGAUAAACGCACCCGGAGAAAAUUGAAUCAUUCCACACGCGUACUCAUUCCGAGUUUAAGUUGUAAUUAAUUUAAGUUCACAAAAAUACAUUAACAGAUGACCACCAGAAUCGAAUUCGAGCUAUCACGACCCGACUCCCCCUUCAUUUAAAGGUGCUCGAUAGGCAGGGAGCGGACGAGUGGCCAUUUACUUCACUUGGAUACCUCGGCGGUCUGGGGCCAGCGGCCAUUUCGAGCUCAUUAUAAUUUCUCCCAUUUUCUGCCAAUUACCAACGAACGUUCGCUCCACCACACUCUCACACGUGGUCGGUACCGGCACGCGCUUGAGUUCAACAAAUGAAUGCAAUUAAAAAUUACGCAAAACGAGAUUGGGGGAAAAAUUCUGCGCACCAAAAGGCAUCAAUGUGCAAUUUUUCGAGAGAGGCAGGAAGAAUAUACUGAAAGGGAUAAGAGGUCGAAUGUGUCGAAAUAGUCGAAAUCAAGCAUUUUUCGAAUGGGUUUCCCUACGAAAGGCGGAAAUCACGAAAGGCUCAACUCGUAAAAGCUGAAAAUAUCAAAAUACUGAAUGGUAUUCAAGUCUUCUCUAGUAAAUCUAGUUUCUAGAUGUCAUCUUGCAAUUCAACUAGCCCGAAUGACACUAACUUGCAAGCAUCUUAUCCGAACUUUAUGAACAUUCAGCUUUUUUUGUUUCGGCCUUAAGUUGGAAUCCUUCGGAUGUUACUUUUCUAGGGUUGCACAGCAUCCAGUGAACUGACAAUGGCAGUUGAAGAGGCACAAUUUAAUAAUUUUGAAAAUUACUUACAAAUUCGUUGACAUAAAAAAAACUCCGUGAGCUCACUAGAAAAUUGUAAAAAAUGUCGUUUUGAUACAACCUGUAUGAAAAAUUUGUUUUAACUCAAAACUUAUUACGAGUUUCAAAAUCAAUUCAGUUCAAAUCAGCAUCAAACGCCUCAUUUCGUUCAAUACUCUUUCGUUGAGAAUAUUUGUCUACCGUUCGCAUUUGGAAUACAACUUUUAUGUAUUUCGACCUAAAGACCAUUCGACCUAUUAUCGCGAUGCGAAACAACCCCCAACUGUGAAGUGAAUAUCAGCGCGUGUCGUUCGAAAAAAAAAGACUCAAAAAUCCAACCGCCGACGCCAAACCGUCGAGGUAUCGAGAGUCGAACAUUGUAAAUAAUUAAAUCUAGCAAAAUGGAUGAGAAUAUUUAAAUUAUUAAAAAUCAAUUAUGUUAACGAGUUUACAGAGACAUGCGGGAGGGUGAGGGCUUCGAACAAGGGUCUGAGGGAUUGCAUCGCCCUCGGGCUUUAGUUUCGAUAGCCAGCCUCGGUGCGAUAAAAAAGGGCUCGACCGAUCCAAUUCAGCGAGAGCGUCAAGAGUAACUGCCCAUUUUGUGAAAGGAUUGAAAAAGAGGACGACGCUACGAAAGGACAGCUACCCUCUAUCG